CGGGACGGAGCAUGCGCGGAAGCCCGGUAGGGCGCGGGCCGCUGACCAUGGCGAAGAAGCGGGGCCAAGACGAAGACCCUGGUCCCAGCCCGUCGGUGCUGUUCCUGCACCCGGACCUGGGCGUGGGCGGCGCCGAGCGGCUAGUGCUGGACGCGGCAUUGGCGCUGCAGGCGCGCGGAUGUAGCGUCAAGAUCUGGACGGCGCACUACGAUCCCGGCCACAGCUUCGCGGACAGCCGCGAGCUGCAGGUGCGCUGCGCCGGGGACUGGCUCCCGCGCAGCCUGGGCUGGGGCGGCCGCGGCGCCGCGGUCUGCGCCUACGUGCGCAUGAUCUUCCUGGCGCUCUACGUGCUGUUCCUCGGGGACGUGGAGUUCGACGUGGUCGUGUGCGACCAGGUGUCUGCCUGCAUCCCAGUGCUCAAGCUGGCCAGACGGCCCAAGAAGAUCCUGUUUUAUUGUCACUUCCCAGAUCUGCUGCUCACCAGGAGAGAUUCUUUUCUGAAACGCUUAUACAGGGCCCCGAUGGACUGGAUAGAGGAAUACACUACAGGCAUGGCGGACUGCAUCUUAGUCAACAGCCGGUUUACAGCUGCCGUUUUUAAGGAAACAUUCAAGUCCCUGUCUCACAUAGACCCCGAUGUCCUCUACCCAUCUCUGAAUGUCACCAGCUUUGACUCUGCUGUUCCUGAAAACCUCGAUGACCUCGUCCCUAAGGGGAAGAAAUUCCUCUUCCUCUCCAUCAACAGAUACGAAAGGAAGAAAAACCUGACUUUGGCACUGGACGCCCUAGGAAAACUGCGUGGAAGGUUGACAUCCCAGGACUGGGACAAGGUUCAUCUAAUCAUGGCAGGUGGUUAUGAUGAAAGAGUCCUGGAGAAUGUGGAACACUAUCAGGAAUUGAAGGAAAUGGUCCAGCAGUCCGACCUUGGACAGUGUGUGACCUUCCUGCGCUCUUUCUCAGACACACAGAAAAUCGCACUCCUCCAAGGCUGUACCUGUGUGCUUUACACACCAAGCAAUGAACACUUUGGCAUCGUCCCUUUGGAGGCCAUGUACAUGCAGUGCCCGGUCAUUGCCGUGAAUUCGGGUGGGCCCUUGGAGUCCGUCAUCCACAGCGUCACAGGGUUUCUGUGUGAGCCUGACCCAGUGCACUUCUCAGAAGCGAUGGAAAAGUUCAUCCACGAACCUUCCUUAAAAGCCACAAUGGGACUGGCUGGGAGAGCCAGGGUGAAGGAAAAGUUUUCCUCUGCAGCUUUUACAGAACAGCUCUACCAGUGUAUCACCAAACUGCUGGUAUAAUCCUACUUUUUAAGGGCCUGUAUGCUGUAUUCAUUAGUAUCAUUUUUUGUAGAUUGUAGCCUCACUUUUGAAACCGAGAAAGAAACCUAGAGUCCAUUGCAGAAGCGAUUAAAAGAAAAAUAAACUUGAAUCUUGAACCUGAGCCACUUUCCUAUGCACAGCACCUUUCCAUCUACUUUUUCAGAAAAAUGAAAUAUCUUUUAUGCUAUAAUUAUUCCACGUGUUCAUCAAAAAACUUCAGUUAUAUUUUCUCUAGGUUAUAGUUGCUUUGCCUUACUUGGCACACUAUAGUUGGAGCGUAUCAUCAUUAAAGUCAAUUAAUUUGGGUUCAUAGCAUAAUGAGAACAGGGUCACCAUAGUACCCAAAAUCAAUGCACCUAAGCAUUUACUAUCCUCUGUUUGGAAAUUUUUGUUAGUCAUACCUUUGCCUGGAUCCAUAGCAAAAAUGUUCUGUACUUUUUUACAAAGAUGAUUUAUUAUAUUUUUGCACACUGAGAUGUGACAAUAAAAUAUGGUUAUCAUAGGAAAAGAAAGGAUACUAGAUUCAGGCCUCUGUGAUCUGUUUAGUAUUGUUAGGACUGUGGAUAGCCAAGCCUGAAGUCUGAAACUAGAGUAAACCAGAUGGUGAAGUAAGGGUACAUCGUCACUCAUGGGUGUGCCUCUUACGUAUGUUUGCUUUCUUCGUGUCAUCUGAGUCAUCGGCUUUGUUAAUGUUGGUGUUUGGCUAAGUAAGCUCCUACUAGUGUAAGACACAAUUGCUGUGUGUCCUUCAAGCCCUGCCUCAGAUGCCAUGGCUGUGGAGCUUUCCUCGACCCUCCUCUCUCCUCCUUCCUCCCAGCCUGCAUGUGGUCUUCCUCUUCGUGGACCCUAGCCCUUUUGUGCCACCGACCAGUCUUACAGUUCCUUACUUACCUGUUGGCCUAAGUACAAAUAAACGUAAAGCACUUUUCAACAUAUCUCUACAGCUAAAUUCUUUUUUUUUUUACCAUUUUUUUAAAUUCUAGCCCUACAUGGGACUUGAACUCACGACCCCAAGAUCAAGAGUCCCAUGCUCUACCAACUGAUGGAGUCAGGUGCCCCAAAAGCUAAAUUCAUUUUUUAAAAAAAGAGCAAUGAUCACUAGCCAAAGGCUCCACAUUCAUCAAUUCUAAGAGUAUAGAACUGAGAGCUUAACAGCCUGUGUGACCUUGGACAAAUUACUUCAUUUCUGUGCCUCAGCUUCAUCUGAUAUAAUAUUCUACAUUCUUCAUAAAGUAGUUAUGGCAGAUUACAUAAUAUAUGUAAAGUACUUAAAACAGUACUUGGCUCAUGGUAUGGGCUAUAUAAAUGUUAGCUAUUUUGUAAUUUGGGGAUAUUGAAAACCUGUAGAAAUUCCAUGUGGGUUCACGCUGCACUACUGUUUUGUUCUUUGGGUUUUUUUUUAACAGAACGAAACUUCAGGUUGUAAUAUAUCAUAUUAGUGUGUAUCACAGAAGUAUUUUAUGAAACGAAAUGACUACCGAAAAGGAGUUCUCUAAAACGAGAGUCAAAUAUAUUGUCUUGUAUGGAAUGAAAAGUUGAGUUUGUUUUUCUUUGUCAUCGUGAAAGCCUACAGUCCAAUAAAGUAGGUCAUCCCCA